GCGUGGCGCGGCGCGCGCGGCCCGGCGUGCACCGCGGCGGCGUUUGAAUGGCGCAGGCUCCGGGCGCCGGGCCCCGGCAGUAGCGCUCCCGCCGCUCCGCCCGCCCGGCCCGGCCCCGAACAUGAGCAGCGGGGAUUUGAGAGAUUAUGGCAUCUGAAGCUCACAAUGUUAAAAAACAGAAAGCAUUGCAUAUUGAAGGUCAUUCCAUUGAUCUCCCCAGAAAAAGAAUCUCUUCUUCCACUAAAAAGAUCAUGAAGGAGGGUAAGAAAUCUCAAAAACAGCUGGCUUCAUACACAAACAGAGUAACAGUUGGAAAAACGGUGACCAGUCCCCUCUCUCUUUUCAAAGUGGUAUAUUGUAAAAGGAAAGUUCAUUGUUAUACUCCAAAGCCUUGUUACAGAAAUAAACUGUACCCUAAAUCUAGGGGCCGUGACAUGGCAAAUAAAGAAAAUGAACUGGCUUGUGCAGGGAAUCUGCCAGCAAAACUUCAGAACAGUCGUACACACCUGCUGAAUUCCAGUGACUCUGGCUCAUCUCAAACAGAAGGCCCCUCAUCCAAAUACAGCGCAUUUUUUUCAGAGGUUUCUCAGGACCACGAAACUAUGGCUCAAGUUCUUUUCAGCAGGAAUCUGAGACUAAACGUAGCUUUAACCUUUUGGAGAAGGAGAAGUAUAAGUGAACUGGUAGCCUACUUAGUGAGGAUACAGGAUCUUGGAGUAGUAGUAGACUGCCUUCCUGUGCUUACAAACAGUUUACAGGAAGAAAAACCAUAUGUUUCAGUUGGCUGCUGUGUAGAUCUUUUGCCUUUAGUGAAAUCUCUGCUUAAAAGCAAAUACGAAGAAUACGUGAUAGUUGGUUUAAACUGGCUUCAGGCUGUCAUUAAAAGAUGGUGGUCAGACCUAUCUGCACAUACAGAAAAGGCAGAAGAUGGAAAUAUUCAUAUUUUAAAACAACAGCUAAGUGUUUUGUGGGAACAGGAGAAUCAUCUUACUCUGGUUCCAGGAUAUACUGGUAAUAUAGCUAAGAGACUCCAGCUAGAUACUGGGCUGUGUAAAAGCUGCAGUGGGACUUGCACGUGGUUCACCUGAGCCCAAGCUCUCUGGGGCCUUACUGAAGAAUGCUCUUCUUCCAGGUCCUCCUAGCACAGAAGUAACUACAGUGUAAUUUAAGCAACUGUUUAAUGCUGUCUGAAUUACUGCAGCCCUGGAUGCAGGAUUUCCCAGACUCUCUGCAGGGCAGACAACUUCUAGACCUGCUCUGUGAGUGUGUCACACACUUGGUUCCUGAACAAGCUUCUCUCUGGUAAAACAUCCUGUGAAAGUGCUUGCAGCUGCUUUGUGUUCUCUGAUCUCCUGUCAGAUGUGAACCAACUCUACACAGCAUGUAAGCUUCUUGAGCCUGAAAUACAAAGAAAAUGUCAUUUUGUGGUGGUCUAUUACUAACACUGCAGUAAAGCAAAAGCAUGCUUUCAUGUCAUUCUGUGAAGGAUGUGAUAAUGCUGUAUUAUGUGGAGGCCACCUUGUGGCAUUAUGGAAAUAAAACCCAGAUGUAAAGAAACAACAGCAUUUAGACUGCAUACCAAGAAAUAAGGAUUCUAAACUGCUUAUAUUUUUAGAACCCAGCCAUCACACUGAUGUGUCACUCUAGCCUCAUGUGAAUGAUUACAGGUGCUGUCCAUACAAGUAACAGCACAGGAAUCUGAGGACGUGUGUAGCACCAUUUUGUGGGACAUAGCUUCUUACCUAGUCAGCUUAAUGAAUGCUGCAAUUAUUAAACCUACUGCUUGCAUGGUUAAUGCACAGUUUCUGCUUAACAGAUAUGUAGGGACAAAUUUUUACAAAGAACAGGAGCAGAUGAGGAGUGUAGUCAAAGUAUUGUAAAACUGGCUUCCAGGUUACCAUCAUGUUACAUAUUUGCUCUGCUUGCAUGAGGGAAUUUGGAAAUUUUUACAACAGGAAAAUUAUGCUCCUUUUCCCUGCACUUAAACUAUUAAUUAGAUUUCUUCCACUGAAGAAUAAAUUUUCAUUCAGUAAAGAUGAGUUCAGUUGUAACCAGACAAAACUGGCUAUCAUCUUGCAAUCUCAAUGCCAGUGUUUGCUAUUUCCUAGGAUAAGUGUGCCAAAGUACAGUAUCCUGUUCAUGGUUUUGGACAUAUAAGAAGAUGAAAACAAUUAAUUCCUGAAAAAAAGAUCCUGAAGAAGUUUAUCUGGUCAACUUGAGGUGAAAGGAAAGAAGGGAGCAGGGGAAUAUUAUCUCCCUGAGACAGGAAAGUCCUCAAUCAUACAUGCUGACUCCAUGCUGUGGGGGUGGACAUGUUGGAGAUGUAGGAAUUAUUCUGACAACUGCAGAGUUUGCAGGGGAUUAAGAGAUUUUCUGCCCCAACAUAGAAUCAUUUAGGUUGCCAAAGACAUCUUAGGUCAUCGAGUCCAACCAGUAACCUGACACUGCCAAGUCCACUAAACUGUAUCCCUAAGCAUCACACCUCUGUGUCAUUUAAAUACUUCCAGGAAUGGGGACUUCACCACUUCCUGAGCAGCCUGUUCCCAUGCUUGACAAUUCUUGAUACAGAUUUUUUUGCUCAUGUCCUAUCUAAACCUCCCCUGGUGCAAUUUGAGGCCAUUUCUUCCUGUCACUUGUUACUUAGUUGAAGAGGUUGAUCCUCGCAUUGCUGCAACUUCUUUUCAGAUAAUUUUAGAGAACAAUAAGGUCUCCCCUGAGCCUCCUUUUCUUCAGGCUAUAAAAUGCCAGUUCCCUCAGCUGCUUCUUGUGCUCCAGACCUUCCAUCACCUUCACUGUUUUUCUUUGAAUGGCAAUCUGUUGAAGAAGCUGGGAUUUUGGAGCAACUGAAGAUGGCCUUGCACUUUCUGCCCCAAUCAGAGACCCUCUCAGGGCACCUUAUAUUCAAAAGAACAAGAAGACUCAGGCUAAACUCAGGCUGCAAUCCUGACUUUUCUGUCCGUGUUACCAUUUCUGGUGUAGCACAGUAAAUUGCCAGUAGAUGGCAUACUACAAUUAUUUAUUUUUUAAAUGGUCCUGAAAUAUGCAGUGCAAUUUUUGUUAAUUUUGUUUUUAAUCAUAGUAAAGCUCCUUGGGUAGGAGAGAGCUCAGUAAAUGAGUUACCUGGCUGUGGUCUUUCACAGUAGCCUUAUACCAAACUCUUCCAUCUAUCUUCAGUUUGUGUACUCUCAUAAAUCUGCUUGCUUGGCUUGGCAUUUUGAUUUCUUCUCACCUUCAAUUAUUUUAUAAAAAACCAAAUAGGAUGUAGCUAUGAGUAUUCCAAUGCACAUGUAGUUCUUAUUUAUUCUUUGUGUCAGCAAGGAUUGUAUCUUUGUUUCCACUGAGCAUUUGUGAACUAGCAUUACUCAUCUGGUGUGUUGAGUGUUGUUAUCUGUGUAUCUAUAUCGGGGGACUGACUCAAAGAUUAUGGUAAGAUUAGAGGCAGAUGGCUGAAGGUGCUCCCUGCUUGUCUGGUCAAAGUCAACACCUCUGCGUGUCCAGCCUGAGUCAUGCACAAAGCAGAUUUUGGACUGCUGCUGUUUGAGGUUCAGCAUCUGUCUGGUGUAUUACAGUAAACCAGUAUCAAUGACAAAUCAUCUUCAUUUUCCAGAGCAAAUAUUUAAAUACCAGCCAAGGUACUAUUAGCUUUAUGGAAAGAGAACUUUUCAGAGCAAUUACACAGAAAUUUUCGAAGAUUAAUUAAAUGCUUUAAUAAUGGUGACCUGUAAGCAAAAGACACGUAGCAAGUUUUGCUAGCAUUCUGACUGUGAAAAGGAUUCACCAAACAAUAAGCUCUGCUACAUUAUUUGCAAACUACUUUUAUUCUUGGGGGAUUACAAUCUCUCUUACUACUUAAGAGUAUCCAACAGUACUCCAAACCACUUAAUUCUUUGUAAACAGCUGUGAUGAUCUUGGAUUCUGAUGUUUCAUUCAGAGGGAUUUAAGAAGUUUCCUCUCCUUUUUCAAUUUGUAUGUGAAACUAAAGGUGACAAGAAUCUGGAGACAGAGAUUUCAGUGUUACCAGUGUGAUGGUAUUACAUUAAUCUAGCCCUUCUCUUUGUUCAACCCAUUAGGGACUGUCAGCUCUCAUCCAUCUGGGUGACAGUUCUGUAGCAUUAGUGACAGCUGGCUGAAGCAACUCAGACAAAACCAAAAUUUUGCCUGUGAGCAGGGUAGAUCUUCCAAGAAACCUGCAAUUUUCUGUGUAGCUGCUACUCAAGGAGUGAAUCCAUCAAUGAAGAGAUAACUACAAAACAUGGAGAUCACUCUUGACUGCAUUUUCAAGUUCAUAGAAUUGUUUGGUUGUUUUGAUUGAACUGAAACUGUUACUUGGCAGUUUUAUCUGUCUUUUGAUGGGAGAUUCACUUGAAAUCAAGCUGCAGAAACAACUUUGCUAAUAGUAAAAUUCCUUCCAGAAUAAAACCAGGUAGCAUCUCCCAGCUGAUGUACUAAUUAUUUUGAUAAAUAUAUACCUGGAUGGUUUU